AUGGCGGAGAGCGGGCAGCAGGCGGUCGCCGUGCCACGGAAGCUUUGGCAACAUCCCGAUCCGCAGAGCACGCAGAUGUACCGGUUCAUGCAGGACGUCAACCGCCAGCACGGCCAGCAGAUCAAGACCUUCGCCGAACUCCACGCCUGGGCACUCACCCACCGCUCGGCCUUCUGGGCGCACCUCUUCCACGACGCCCACCUCAUCCACUCCGGCACCUACAACACCGUGGUCGACGAGUCCCUCCCCAUCGACGCCAUCCCGCGCUGGUUCGAGGGCGUGCACCUCAACUUUGCCGAGAAUGUCCUCUACUCAGCAGCCGACAACAACACGGCUGAACGCAGCGUGCGGCACAAGGAAGACGACAAGGUCGCGAUUACCGAAGUCCGCGAGGGCGGGAGCAGUACCCGGAAGGUGACGUAUGGCGAGCUGAGGCGGUUGGCCAGGGAGAUGGCCAAGGCGAUGAAGGUGCGCGGGGUGGAAAAGGGGGAUCGCGUGGUGAUUAUGGGGUCGAAUAGUGUUGAGACGCUGGUGGUGUGGUUGGCGACCGCGUGGUUGGGGGCUGUGUUUAGCAGUAGCUCGACGGAUAUGGGGGUGAAGGGGAUUUUACAGCGGGCGGUGCAGGUUAACCCCAAGCUCCUCUUCAUGGACGACGCGGCGCUGUACAACGGCAAGGUGGUGGACCUGCGCGACAAGAUGGCCGAGGUGGUCAACGGACUCAAAGACUGCUCCAACUUUGCGGCCGUCGUGUCGAUCCGCCGCUUCGACGAGGCCCGCGACAUCACACGCGUCCCCAAAGCCGAGACCUACACGGCCUUCCUCUCCUCGGCCAACCCCAACACCCCCCCACCGCAGUUCGUCCGCGUGCCGUACCACGAGCCGUUCCUGAUCUGCUACUCGUCCGGCACGACGGGCAUCCCCAAGGCCAUCGUGCACUCGGUCGGCGGGAUUCUCACCAACAGCUACAAAGAAGCCGUCCUGCACGAGGGGCUCGGCCCGGACAGCGUCACCCUACAAUACACCACCACAGGCUGGAUCAUGUACCUCUCCAACUGCGGCGCCCUCCUCUUCGGCGGCCACGCCAUCUUCUACGACGGCUCGCCCUUCCAACCCGACGCCACCAUCCUCAUCCGCCUCGCGGGCGAGCACCGCAUCACCAAACUCGGCAUCAGCCCCCGCUGGAUGUUCGAAGUCAGCAAAGCCGGCCUGCGCCCGCGCGACAUGGCCGACCUCUCCUCCCUCCGCACCGUCACCUCCACCGGCAUGGUCCUCUCCGACCAACUCUUCGAAUGGUUCUACGACGUCGGCUUCCCGGCCCACACCCACCUCGCCAACAUCUCCGGCGGCACCGACAUCGCCGGCUGUUUCGGCGCCAUGAACCCUCUCGAACCCGUCUACGUCGGCGGCACUCAGGGCCCCAGUCUCGGCGUCCACGUCGCCCUCUACGACUCCCUCUUGCCCGAGGGAACCCCCGGCAAGGAAGUCCCCCCCGGCACCCCGGGGGAACUCGUCGCUGUCACCGCCUUCCCCAACAUCCCCUGCUUCCUCUGGGGCGACGACCUCACCCACGGCGCCGCAUCCACAGGAACCAAAUUCCACUCGGCCUACUUCGCCCGGUUCCCGCACGUCUGGGCCCACGGCGACUUUUGCGUUAUCCACCCCACAACGGGCAACAUCUCCUUCCUAGGCCGGGCCGACGGCGUUCUCAACCCAUCGGGUGUGCGGUUCGGCUCGGCGGAGGUGUAUUCGGUGAUUGAGCGGCGGUUUACGGACCGUGUGCAGGAUUCGUUGUGUGUGGGGCAGAGGAGGCCGCAGGAUAGUGAUGAGUCGGUGAUGCUGUUUUUGCUGAUGCGGCCGGGGAAGCGGUUUGAGAGGGGGCUGGUGGAGGAGAUUAGGGACGCGAUUAAGGGGGAUUUGAGUAAGAGGCAUGUGCCGAGGUAUAUUUUUCCCACGCCUGAGAUUCCGACCACAAUCAACCUCAAAAAAGUCGAACUCCCCGUCAAGCAGAUCGUCUCGGGCCACACCAUCAAACCCAGCGGCACCCUGGCCAACCCGCAGAGCCUGCAGUACUACUACCAGUUUGCCAGGGUUGAGGAGCUGCUAGCCCGGGCGCCUAAGGGGAAGUUGUAG